AUGCAGUCUCUGGAUCGAGGAGAACUGAUGGAGGAAUUUGGAGAGACGUUGGUGAGCAUUAUUUGCGCUUUUGGGGCAAGUUCAAAAAAUCCUCUCAAUAAUACUGGUGUAAAAUGGGCAGAAAAGGCCCAGGAAAAGGCAUUUCUCAAUUUGAGAAGGCCAAGUAUAUUGAACCUUAUGAUUCAGAACUGA